AUGAAACUAUCAAUAUUACUGUUUUUAACCGAAAUGGUUUAUUGUAAAAUAAAAAGUUAUAUGAGAACAGAAUAUAAUUAUAUAUUUCCAAUAAUUAAAAAGAAAAAGUUAUAUAAUCAUAAAAUUAGUUUUAAUGUAAAAUUUUUUAAGAAUUUUACAAAAAACUUGACAAAUAGACAUAAUGAUAUGUUUUAUUUACAUUUUAAAAAAUGUUUAUCCAUCCCAAAGAAAUCAAAUAAUGAUGAAAAAAAUGAGAAACUAGAAGAUGAAAUAGGAACAAAUAUUGUAGAAAAAGAAACGUCAAAAAGAAAAAUUGAAAAUGAUACAAAUAUAAAAACAAAAAAAAUAAAAGGAAAAAAUGAAAAUGAAAUUAAAAAAGGAUCUUUAUUUAAUUGUAUUGUAAAUGAAGAUGAAAAAAUAUGUGAUUUAACUUCUCCUAAAUUUAAUCCUGCUUAUUUUGACAUAAGUAAUUUAUAUUUAUCUGAAAAAGACAAAGCAAAACAUAAAUUUAAAGAUUCUUUAUUAUUUACCUUUUUAACAAAUACUUUUAAUAAAAUAGAAGAAUUAAAAGGUAGUGGAACAGGUAGUAAAAAAAAUGUAUCAAUUAUUUUAUCAAAUGUAUUUAGGGUUCUAAUAUAUUAUAGCCCUAAUGAUUUAAUACCUGCUAUAUAUAUAACUUUAAAUAAGGUAGCACCUGAUUACUUAAAUGUUGAGGCUGGUGUUGGAGAGGCGUUAAUUUUAAAAACUAUGUCAGAAGCAUAUAGUAGAACCGAAUCAAGUAUAAAAAAGGAUCUACAACAAAUUGAGGAUUUAGGAAUAAUAGCAGAAAAAUGUUCUUGCAAAAUGAGAACUAUAUUUCCUUUACCUCGUUUAACUAUUCAGUCUGUAUUUAAUGAAUUGAAAUGUAUACCAAAUCUUAGUGGGUCUAAUUCUCAACAGAAAAAAAGAGAAGUAAUAAAAAAAUUAUUAGUUAGUGCAAAAAAUAGUGAAGCUAAAUAUAUUGUUAGAUUUUUACAACAACGUUUAAGAAUAGGAGUAAAUAGUGCUUCUGUAUUGCAAGCGUUAUCAUAUGCUUUUAUUUUAACUCGUCCUUAUAUACCUGAAGAUAUUAUAGCAAAGGGGAAAAUGGUGAACGAAGAUAUAAUGAAAUCUCAGACAAAAAGUAAUAAUGACACUACAACUAAAAUAGAAAAUGGUUUGGAAAAAAAUAACAUUAAAGAAGAAAAGGAUGAUGAAAAAAAAGAAAAUUUAGAAAAUAUAAAAAUAGAAAAAGAAAAUUCUGAUGAAGUAUUUGAUUUUAAUUCUCUAAUUAAUUCUAUUAAAAUAAGGAAUGAAAAAAUUGAUAAGCCUAAUUUAUUUUUAAACAUAGGAAAAGAAGGAGAUACUCGUCUAUUACCAGUAUUUAAAGAAUUAAAAAAAGCUUAUUGCGAAAAUAAUGAUAUAGAUAUAUUUGAAUGUAUGGAGAGAUCUGUAAAAAGUGCUUUGUGUGAAUUACCAAAUAUUGAGAUUAUUAUUCAGAAUUUAUUAAAUGGAGAUGAUAUGAGAACAUUAAGUAAAAAAUGCACCGUUAAAACAGGAAUUCCUGUUCAACCUAUGUUAGCAAAACCAACAAAAGGAAUACAAGAAGUUUUAGAUAGAUUUAGUAAUGUAACAUUUACAUGUGAAUAUAAAUAUGAUGGAGAAAGAGCACAAAUUCAUUACAUAGAUAAAGAUAAUAUAAAAAUAUUUAGUAGAAACUUAGAAAAUAUGACUGAAAAAUAUCCUGAUGUUAUUCAAAUAGUCAAAGAUCAAAUUGUAAGUUCUGCAACAGAAUGUAUAAUUGAUAGUGAAGUUGUUGCAUUUGAUACUGAAAAUAAAAAGAUUUUACCUUUUCAAGUAUUAACGACAAGAAAAAGAAAAGACGUAGAUAUUGAAAAUAUUAAAGUAAAAAUUUGUCUUUUUCCAUUUGAUUUAAUUUGCUGUAAUGGUGUUUCUGUAAUAAAAGAACCUUUGGAAAUUAGAAGAAAACUUUUGUAUUCUUUACUAAAAUCUAAAGAAGGAGUUUUAUCUUAUGCAACUCAUUCUGAAAUGAAUAAUAUUGAAGAUAUCGAUAUAUUUUUGCAAGAUGCGAUUGAAAAUAAUUGUGAAGGUCUAAUGGUUAAAACAUUACUUGAAAAUGCAUCUUAUGAGCCAUCAAAAAGAUCUUUAAAUUGGUUAAAAGUAAAAAAAGAUUAUAUAGAAGGAUUAUCGGACUCAGUUGAUCUAGUUCCGAUAGCUGGUUAUUAUGGUAAAGGAAAAAGGAGUGGUGUAUAUGGUGCAUUUGUUUUAGCUACUUAUAAUUCAGAAACAGAAAAUUUUCAAACUGUAUGUAAGGCAGGAACAGGAUUUAGCGAUGAAAUAUUAAGUACUUUAUUUAAUUUAUUAAAUGAAAAAAUAAUACCUAAUAAAAAGUCAUAUUAUGAAGUUUCCGAUAAGCUAAAUCCGGAUGUAUGGUUUGAUGCACAUUAUGUAUGGGAAAUCAAAGCUGCUGAUUUGUCCUUAUCACCAGUACAUACUGCAGCUAUUGGAGUAUAUUCAGAUGAUAAAGGAAUUGGUCUAAGAUUCCCAAGAUUUUUGAGAUUAAGAGAGGAUAAAAGUGCUGAGCAAGCUACGACAACGCAACAAAUAAUUGAUUUUUAUGAAAGCCAAUUUACAUCAAAUAAAAAUAAAAAUGAUGAUUUUAAUGAAGAAAGUGAAAGUGACUAA